CGGAAAAAAAAACAAAACAAAAAAAAAACAAUCAUAGCUUAGGGCAAAAAGUCUUGGAGAGUUGGAUUUGAUUUGGAUGCACUUACCUAUCCUCUCUGAAUCUCUCCCUUUUCUGCUUUUCAAUGGAAAGCAUACACUAUUACCUUGCUCUCUUGCUCUUCAUCUUCUUGCUUAAAAGAGUCUUGUUCCGUCAGAAGCAAAAUUUACCUCCUAGUCCACGUGCUCUUCCAGUUCUCGGCCACCUCCACCUCAUCCGGAAGCCGCUUCCCCUGGCACUGGAGACUCUCCUUUCACAGUACGGUCCAGUUCUAUCCCUAAAAUUUGGUUCCAGGUCUGUUCUUAUAGUUUCUUCACCAUCUGCAGUUGAAGAGUGCUUAACCAGGAAUGAUAUAAUAUUUGCAAACCGACCCCGUUCCAUGGCCGGGGAUCAUUUCACUUACAACUAUUCUUCCUUUGUUUGGGCACCUUAUGGUGAUUUUUGGAGGAUCCUACGUCGUCUUUCCGUUGUUGAAAUAUUCUCUUCGAAGAGCCUCCAGAAAACUUGUGCCAUCCGUGAGGAGGAAGUUCGUAUCCUGCUCUGCCGACUGUUUAAGAUCUCAGCUGGUGCCAAGAAACAGGUGAAUUUGAAGUUUCUGUUUUCUCUUCUAACCUGCAAUAUCAUGAUGAGAACGACUGUUGGAAAACGCUGUGUGGAAGUGGAGGCUGAGGAUUCAGAGUUGGAGAAUCAAUUAUUUCAAGAAUUCAAGGAGAUUUUCUUUCCAAUCAUCUCCUUGAACAUCUGUGAUUUUAUCCCAGUCUUGAGGGUGAUUGGUUUCAAAGGGAUAGAGAAGAGCAUGAUAAAAUUGAAUGACGUGAGAAAUGAAUUUUUGCAAAAUUGGUUAGAUGAACUUAAAUUGAAGAGAAUCAAUUCCAAAACAUCAGAUGAGAAAGAGAAAAGAUCGGUGGUUGAAACUCUGCUCUCCCUGCAAGAAUUAGAACCUGAAUUUUACACAGACGAAGUUAUCAAAAGUACUAUGGUGAUAAUGUUGAUUGCCGGAGCAGAAACAUCAGCGGUCACAUUGGAAUGGGCAAUGUCACUCCUACUGAAUAAUCCAGAAGCAUUACAGAAAUUGAAAGCUGAGAUUGACCACCAUGUUGGACAUGGGAAUUUGCUGAAUGAUUUGGAUCUUGUCAAGCUUCCCUACCUCAGGUGUGUCAUAAACGAGACACUUCGAUUAUACCCUGUAGCACCCCUUGUGUUGCCUCAUUUGUCAUCUGAAAAUUGCACAGUCGGAGGAUUUGAGAUACCAAAGGACACAAUGCUGUUGGUGAAUGUCUUGGCCAUGCAUAGGGAUCCCAAAAAUUGGGAAGAUCCCAAUGAGUUUAAGCCAGAAAGAUUUGAAGGCGAUUUAGGGGAACAACAUGGCUACAAGUUUAUUCCUUUUGGUGUUGGGAGGAGAGCAUGUCCCGGUGCUGCCAUGGGCAUACGUAUGGUUUCAUUAGCACUGGGUUUGCUUAUUCAGUGCUUUGAAUGGGAAAAGGAUGGGUUGGAGAAAGUUGACAUGAGCCAAAGUUUUGGACUCUCUCUAUCCAGGGCUAAGCCUUUGGUAGCAUUGUGCAGUCCACGCCAAGAGUCGGUUGAACUUAUCUCCCAAAUUUAGUCCCUGUGGACUUGAAUUUGCCUCCCUGUUUAUUUUGUGACAGUGAUAGCAUACUGAUUCAUGUGAAGAAUCCACUGUUUCUACUAUUACUUUGGAUGGUGCUUGCUGAGUGAAACUAUGAACGCUUGCAAAUUUUCAUUCUGUUUAAUCACAUGUAUCUAUCAAAAUAUCUACUUGUUUGCUGGCAAGGAAUAAGCUUCUUCCAUGACCAA